CGUUUUUCCAAAUAUAAGGAAACAAGUGAAACCAAAUUCAUUGUAAACAUUUUCUAGAAUUGCAAUAUAGAUCGGAAACAACGUCCAACAAUGGCAAUGGUUAUUGAACAACUACAAAUCUCCUUGGAAUUUCAAAUAGAUCAACAAUUGUUUCCACCACCUGAAAGCCACCACAUGAAUCAAUCACUUGAAAAUAAUAAUAGCCAGAGUAAGAAGAGUGAUCAUGAUUUUGAUUUCGAUUGGGCGAAUAGUGAUAGAUCUAAUGUUGAGGAUGAUGAUAAUUAUUCUUUGUCGCCACCCUUGAAUGAUGGAGGUGAUUCUUCUUUUAUUGUAACAAACAUAAUUAUGAAAGGUGGUCCGGGAAUAAAAGAGUUCCAAAUAAUUGGGGAUGCUAAACCUGGAGGUAAACUUCUAGUGUGUGGAUUUACAUUGCGUGGGACCUCACGAUGCAUGUUUCAGUGGGUUCGUUACCAUCGAGAUGUUACUUUUGAGUACAUUGAAGGAGCCACAAAUCCAGAGUAUGUAGUUUCAGCUGAUGAUGUUGAUAAACUUAUUGCUGUUGAAUGCAUACCAAUGGAUGAUCAUGGUCGUCGGGUAAAAAAAAUAUUCAAAUCUAUAAUUUUUAAAUUCAAAAUCUAUACCAACUUUUAAAAUUUUAGCUAGAUAUAUAAUAUGAUAUAAAAUAGUUAAAGAAUAAUAAAUUAUUUUCAAUGGCACAAAACUAAAUGAAAAAGUAGCCUUCUAUUAAGUUGAUAUAAUCAUCAAGUUUUCUUUUUAAUUAAAUAUUUUAAUCAACAUACAACAUUAUAUAUGUGAUAUGGUACGCAAUUUAAGCUGUUAAUUCUUUAUAUUUUAAUACAAUCGUACUUUUUUAUUUUGGAGUUUUGGGUUGAGCUUGAGCCCCAAUACAUUUUUGCUGAUUCUGUUUUAAUUUUUAUAAAUAAUAAUACAAUACAUAUUAUUAAAAAACUAUAUUUUCAAUAUGAUAAUCUAAAUUUUGGGUAUGGAUGCGAAAUAUUUUGAGAAACUUUGUUGUUGUCAGGGGGACAUAGUCCGACUUUUUGGCCAAUCCACACACGCACACACGGAAUCUUCAAAGUUAUCUUU